AUGGACGCACUGCCAUAUUCUGGAAUCCCGGCGCAUAAAAUAAAGAUCAUCUUCCAAGCUGCAUGCGCACGCCGACAUCGAAAUCCUCAGAUAGAAGACAUCAUUCGAACGACGGGAACCGACGUGGAUCGGGAAGUGGUUUCUGCGAUCCUCGAAGGUGCUCUGCGUCUCCUGCCCCCUGAUCGUUCUGAAGAGGGCGACUCCUUGCGACGCGAGAAAGAGGCCAUAAGAGCGGCACAUGCGAACGCAGCCGAGCAUUCGUUCGUCCAGGCUAUUAAAGAAUGUUACCAAGGAGGCAUGAGGGACGAGUCUCAGCAGAAAAAGGACAUUCGUCAGGCUAUAGAUAAUGGGGUGGAGAAUAUUAUCAAUUUGACACCAGACAUCAUGUUUGACACUCCCGCAGAGUUCAACGGCAAGCAAAUCUGUUGGAUGGAAUUCAAGAACACCUUUGGUUUCAGGAAGAAUCCUUUCAUCCACAGAAAACAUAUCAAGCAGGUGAAAAGAUACAGAGAUGCUCUGGGUCCUGGCGUAAUUGUGUAUAGGCUCGGCUACGAGCAGAACCUUUUCCAAAUCGAGGGAGUGGGAUGCUAUCGAGAGACCGACGUCCUUUCAGCGAUCGGCAAAGGGGUCAGUGCAUAG